AUGCGUUUUGACAACUCUGGCAACGUACGGGAGCAUCUGCCGUCGAAUGCCGCUCACUCGAUUGUUGUUAUCCUUCUCGGCCUGUACCCCCCACAUUACGCAUUCGCUGGCAUUCCGUCCGCUGUCCCUCUGAUACACCCGUUCCAUCUCAACUCCAACCAACACACUCGAGCUCAGUUAUUGCUGCCUGGACAAACAAACACGCGCCUACCAAUGACGCACGCGCCUGCCCCAACGCAGCCACCUCAUCCCCGCACACGCAAACAAACCACCAAAGUAGCAAACAAAGUCACUAUAUAAACUGUUCCCGCCGAAACUUCAGCAUCGAACACUCGAGGGCUCGCAGCUUGCUGGUGAUGACAGCGUUGGCCGGGUGGUACGAUGAGAGGAUUUAUCCUUUCAUGCUCUGCCAUCCAACAACAGGAUCGUUCCAAACCAAUGCGACCUCU